UGGAUCAACCUGUAUGGCUCUGCCAGAAACUUUUCAUUGGGUGAUGACACAGGGGAGCUUAAUGAGGGCAUCGGAGAGGGUGUGUCCUACAGGGGGCGGGUCUACAUGGAGCUAGCAGUGGAGAUCCUUUCAGGAGGGGCAGGUUCAGAGUCCAAACUCAGGCGAAUGGUGAAGCCUCUAAGGGACGCCAAAGCAGGAAAGGCUGGAGGGAAGGAUGGUAAGACUCCUGCAGGAGGAGGAGCGGGAGGAGCAGCAGGAGGAGCUGGUGACGAUGACAAAGGAAAAGCUGUAGCAGCAGAGGUCCUGCCUGUAGAAUCUCCUCCUGUGCUGAACGCAGACGACAAGGAGAGUUUCCUGCUGUUUGGGGCAGUGUUUGAAGCCACCAUGAUUGACAGGAAGAUUGGAGACCGGCCCAUCAGCUUCGAGUUCUCUCUGGGUCACUAUGGUAAUGUCUUGGAGCCUACAGGGCAGCCCAGCCUCAGCAGCACCAGUCCUGCUCUCAGUCGAAGGAGAAAGGCGCUGGACAUCCCAGACAGCAGUGACACUUUUAGUACCUCUCCACUCAGCUCCCCCUCCUCCCCUUCCUCCCCCCUCCUACCCAGAGACCCUCAGGACAUCAUCAGGACCUCCAAGUCCACCACACCUCCAGAAAAACCGUUUAUCGUUGAAGGAAACAGGCACUACACGUAUCUGCCCCUGGAGAAACAGAAGCCAUGCAUUAAUGUGCUGAGUUACUGGGAGGACAGAACCUAUCGGCUCUACAACUCCAACAUGCUGGAGAAUAUAGCUGUGCUGUUUGAGGAGGGUGUGGCCAGUGCAGCUGAGCUUCACAAAAAGCAAGAUCCAGGGGCGGAGCACCUGCUCAAAACCGUUCUCAAAGAGCUCUGUAUGGACGCCAGGAGUUUCAUAGCAGCAGCAGAGGCCAAGUUGAAGGCGGAGCUAAAGUCCACUUACCUGACACAGCUGGACAAGAAACGCCUCACAAUGUGUAAACAGGAACUGGAGAUUAUGAUAGGAGAGGCACAGUCUGUGGCAGAGAGGAAGAGGAAUACUGGUGGCAUGAAAGAAAUGCUGCAGGAUACAACAAAACUCAUACAAAAACUACGCUUCCUUGUGGUGGAGCCCCAACACACAGUCCCAGACAUAUUUGUGUGGUUGCUAAGCAACAACAAGCGUGUUGCGUAUGCUCGGGUUCGAGCCAGAGACGUGCUGUUCUCCAGCAACCAGGAGGCCAAAGGAAUCCACUGUGGCAAGAUAAUAACACUUUUCAUGAAGCCUCCAGGGAAGCGUGUUGCAGGCUUGUCAGUCCAAGCGAAGCUGGAUGUGUAUCUGUGGUUUGGAACCUGUUCAGAAUCCACUCACAUGCUGGACAACCUGCCUGCAGGCUUCACUCCAGCCACAGGAGGCGCUGAUGCCAACUGCCCUCCCACACACCUGAUCUGCACAGAGCAGCAUCAGUUCCAGUUGAGGUGCCACAUGUAUCAGGCUCGUGGUCUGAUUGCUGCCGACAACUCCGGUCUGUCUGACCCAUUCGCCCGAGUCACCUAUCUGUCACACAGCCAGACUACCAAUGUGAUCAGUCAGACUCUCAGUCCUACAUGGAAUCAAUGUUUGCCAAUGAACCGCCUCCUGCUGAGCGGAGAGCUGCAGUACAUCCAGCAGGAACCACCUUGCAUCCAAAUAGAGGUGUACGACGACGACGCACUGGGUAAGGCAGAGUAUCUGGGGGCCACAGUGGCGGUGCCAGAGGUGCAGCUGGCGUCUGACACCUACACACCUCCAACACUGAAGUACAGCCCACUGCACUGUGGCAGCCAGUCAGGAGGAGAACUGCUGGCUGCCUUUGAACUGGUGCAGAUUCCAAUGUCUGGAGAGCAGAUGAUGCCGGCGUUACAGGAGCAAGAAGGAGGCGUCUACACGGUUCCUGCCAACAUCAGGCCUGUUCUCAGCACCUUCAGACUAGAGGUGUUAUUCUGGGGUCUGAGGGAGCUGAAGAAGGUUCAGCUACUGUCUGUUGAUCGCCCACAGGUCUUCAUAGAGUGUGCAGGGAAAACGUUGCGUUCUUCCGUCAUUCAGAAGUAUAAGUCCAACCCAAACUUCACCACGCUGGUUGAUUCCAUUGAGCUGGAGUUACCGGAGAAUGAACACCUCCACCCUCCUCUCAGUAUCACUGUUGUCGAUUGGCGGGCCUUUGGUCGCAGCACGUUGGUUGGAAACCACAUCAUCAACAACCUCAAGGCCUUCAAAUACAUUCCACCCCCAGCCCCGCCUGCACCCAUACAGACACACACACCACCCAAAGUCACAUACAGCCUUGAACCUGCCCUGACACCAGAGCCACAAGGACCUGAGGGACUGUCUCAGCCUGCUGGAGAGAGCAGUUCCACCGGAGCAGCAGCAAAUCAGGAUUUCCUGAUCACUGUGGAGGAAGAAGCCCCUCCUCCAGCCCCGCCUACCCAAAAGCCUCGACCUGCGAAGAAAAAGGACAGCAGCACAAAGAGCACUCGUGGUCGUUCCACCAAGCGGAGGAAACGUACCAUCGCUGACGAAUCAGCAGAGAGUGUCAUCGAUUGGUGGUCCAAAUACUACGCAUCUGUAGAGAAACAGGCCAAGCAGAGGGAGGGCUCUCCAUUCCCCCAUGUGUUCGAAAGAGCUCUGUCGUUCCACACCAUGCUCAGCGAUGGAAUAGACUCCUUGGUCAGUAGCCAGUCGGAUGGAGACAAGAAGAGGAAACUGAAAUUAAAAGCAACACCGGAGCCAAGUCUGCCUACUAAACUAGCCACACUGCGGCUGUACAACAAAGAGCUGGAGGCAGAGUUUGGGGCUUUUGACGACUGGGUGAAUACAUAUGAGUUGUUCAGAGGAAAAGCCAAUGAGGAAGAGGGGGUGACACAGGAGAGGUUCGUUGGCAAAUUCAAGGGGCGUUUCUGCCUGUAUAAGCUGACUGAUGACGAGGCAGAGGACUGGGAAGAAGCCGAGAACACUGGGUGCUUCAGGGUCAACAGAGGAAUCCCACCUAAUGGCCCGGUCCAAGUCCUCAUUCGGGUUUACAUCGUCUCUGCGUCUAACCUUCACCCAGCUGACCAGGAUGGGAAGGCAGACCCUUACAUCGUUGUUCGGCUUGGCAAGAAUGAAAUCAAAGACAGAGACAACUACAUCCCUAAACAGCUAAACCCUGUGUUUGGAAGGUCUUUUGAGAUGCAGGCGACAUUUCCUCAGGAGUCUCUGCUGUCUGUGUUAAUCUAUGACUAUGACAUGGUGGGAGGGGACGACCUGAUAGGAGAGACUCGCAUUGACCUGGAGAACAGAUUCUACAGCCGACACAGAGCCACUUGUGGACUCCCUUCUGAGUACAGUCUUGAGGGUUAUAAUGCCUGGAGAGACUGUCUGAAGCCAUCAGAGCUGCUGUCUAAGCUGUGCAGAGAAAACGGUCUAGAUGGUCCUCAUUUCAGACCAGGACGCAUCACUUUGGCUGACAAAGUCUUCGCUGGCAAGACGCUCUUCAUGCAUGAAGAUGAGCCGGUGGAGUGCUAUGAGCACUUGUCUCUGAAGGUCCUGCAUCGCUGGGCAGAGAUCCCAGCUGUGGGAUGCAAACUGGUACCAGAACACAUCGAGACCAGAACUCUGUUCCACAAGGCCCGGCCUGGGAUGGACCAGGGUCAGGUCCAGAUGUGGGUAGAUAUCUUUCCCAUGGACUUGCCUCAUCCUAGACCUCCAGUGGACAUUUCACCUCGAAAACCCAAAGGGUAUGAGCUGCGAAUCAUCAUCUGGAACACGGAGGAUGUGAUUCUAGAGGACAGUAACUUCCUGACCGGUCAACAGUCCAGUGAUAUCUACGUCAAGGGCUGGCUGAAAGGUUUAGAGGAUGACCGACAGGAGACUGACGUCCACUACAACUCUCUGACUGGAGAGGGAAACUUCAACUGGCGCUUUGUCUUCCCCUUCAACUACCUGCCUGCUGAGAAGGUGGUAGUGGUGAAAAAGAGAGAGAGCAUUUUCUCUUUGGAUAAAACGGAACAGAAGCUUCCUGCCAUCCUCAUUCUGCAGGUCUGGGACUUUGAGACGCUCUCCUCUGACGACUUCCUAGGAACGGUGGAGUUAGACCUCCACGGUUUCCCUCGGGGAGCAAAAACGGCCAAGUCGUGUAAGGCGGACAUGUUGACAGACGGGACAGAGAGAAUCUCCAUCUUCCAGCAGAAGAGAGCAAGAGGCUGGUGGCCCUUCAGCAAGUCUGGAGAGCUGACUGGGAAAGUGGAGGCGGAGUUCCAUCUUGUGAUAGCUGAAGAAGCAGAAAAAAAUCCUGUUGGUCGAGCCCGCAAAGAGCCGGAGCCACUGCCAAAACCAAAUCGUCCAGACACCUCCUUCUCAUGGUUCGUCAACCCAUUCAAGUGUUUCUUCCAUCUGGUGUGGCGAAGCUACAAGAAGUACAUCAUCAUCGCCCUGGUCCUGCUCAUCACGGUGUUGUUCCUCGCCUUGCUGUUCUACACACUGCCAGGAGCAAUCUCUCAGAAGAUAAUCAAUGGAUAACACACACCUAGGCAAUGUUCACACUAUUAAUCUACACAUCUGUUGAAAAUAUGAAUGACUUUAAGAUUAUGUAAUCCCCUCCUUAAAGAACCAUUGUUAAAAAGUUUCAUGCAACGCUUCUUUUAGCUGAAUUUAUUAUAACUGAAUAGUUUCAGGCUUCUCAUUUUUAUCUGGUAAAUGUCCACAGAUGUUCUUGUUCUUGUUAGAAGUCUUGACAUGUUCCUAGUAAAAAACUUUUAUGAUACCUCUCAAAUGAUGUCUCUAUGUGUCCUAAUAAGGCCCAAGCAGAGGAGUUUAUCUUGUACACAUUUCAGCUCCACAACUAAGUGCACUGCCACACACUGGAAGACCCUGAUGUCCAAUAAUGAAAAGAGACACAUAAACAUUAGAAAAUGUAAUGAUCAGUUGUCCCUGUGGCACAUUUAAUCCAUGUUCAACAUGUAUGGGGGAGGUACUCUACAGUAUAUACUCAUUUCACCACCCAAAGACAAACACAAAUAAUGUAUACAUUUACUUUCUGUAUACAGGAGAAUUAGUUGAUACACAAUUGUCUUUGAGUGUUGUUGAAGUGUUUUUAUUUGAAUAUUUGAAUGCAUUACAAUUUGUAUAAGAGUUUACAGAGCCUGUUUAGGUCAACUGAUACUAAUGUUAAGUGUAACUGAUGUAAAUUGAGGAUAAAAAAUGUAUUAUGAGCAGGUAA